AAACAAUUAAGUCUUAUUGGAUGUACAAUCGGACUCUCGAGUGGGUCCAAAGUUCCUCUGCGCCUCAAGUGUGCAAACGACAAGUGACUACCUUAUUUUAGGAAGACUUUGUUUUCAAAGACGCGUGUAAUGUUGAAUAUGGAACCAGAAGUAAAAAAGCUGACCGUCAAUUCAACCCCGUCACUCCGUAGACUACUGUAUGACAUAUGGACGUAUAUUUUAUUGUAUCUGGACGCCUAUUGGCAACAGUUAAGACAAGGACAUAGUGACUUGUUAUUCCAUUUAGGUGUAGAGUCUUUCUUCAUCAUUAUUAUUUUAUACCUUUGGUUUCAAAAGAGCUACGAGCCAAAGAGAAGAAGAGAAAGACUUACAGAAAAAGAAAUCGACAACUUGGUAAACGAAUGGAAGCCGGAACCCCUUGUACCUAAAAGGCAGUUGUCACGAAGAGUGAGAGAAUAUCUGUUUGAGAACGAUACUUAUAAAAGUCUUCCCUCGGAGAUUGAAGAGCUGUUAGUUGCAGAGCACUUGGAGAGAGAAAGUUACUUACCGUCACCGAGAGAAGUGUUAAGAUUACAAAGCGCUCCUACUGCUUACUGCGUGGUGAAUGGUAAGAAAGUUAUCAACUUGGGAACUUGCAAUUUCUUGGGGUUUGCGGAAGAUGACACUAUCAAACAAGCUUGUGCAGAGGUUCUGAAACGUUAUGGUUGUGGUUCCUGUGGUCCUCGUGGCUUUUAUGGAAAUUUAGACGUACACAUCGAGGCAGAACAUAGAAUCGCAGAGUUUAUGAAGGCACCUGCAGCGGUUUUGUAUUCUUUUGGAAGUGCAACUUGUUCCAGUGUGAUACCUGCUUUUUCGAAGCGGGGUGAUCUGAUUAUAUGCGAUGAAGCAGCAAGUUAUUUCAUUCAGACAGGUAUUUCGUUAUCGAGAGCUUCAGUCAAGUGGUUUCCACACAAUGACAUGUCGGCACUAGAGAAGAUAUUAGCGGAAGUUGUUACGAACGAUCCAAUAUCUGGUAAAAUAACGCAAAGAAGGUUUAUCAUUGUGGAAGGAAUAUCAAGCAAGUUUGCAGAUAUGACACCUCUGGAUAAAGUAGUAGAGCUAAAGAAUCGAUAUCGUUUUCGUUUGAUUGUUGAUGAAAGUUAUUCUCUGGGUGUUUUAGGCAAAACAGGCCGUGGAGCUUUGGAGUAUUUUGGUUUAGAAUCAACCGAUGCAGAUAUCGUUCUUGCUGACUUGGGAAAUGCUAUUGCAACAGUUGGUGGAUUCUGUUGUAGUAGUCAGGAAGUAGCCAAUCAUCAAAGGUUAUCUAGUGCCGGUUAUUGCUUUUCAGCGUCACAACCUCCUUUUCUGGCAAAAGCUUGUACAGUUGCUUUAGAAAAGUUACAAAAUGAGUGUUCAGAAAGAUUAAGUCAGCUACAAGAGAAUAUUGAAUGUUUUCAAGCAGCUUUGGGAACUUUGGACGGUAUUCGUAUAUCUAGCCAUCCGAAAAGCCCUAUCGUUUUCUUACGUUUGGAUAAAAGUCUGGGAAGUUAUACGAUGGAUGAGCAAUGGAUGAUGAAGUUGCAAGAAGCAUUGUGGAGUGAAGGAGUUUUUGUGAGUGUCCCUCAGUAUUUGGCAAAUGAGCAUAUUCGACCUUCUCCAGGUUUAAGGCUUUGUAUUUCAAGCAAUCACUCGAGGAAGGUUUUAAAAACUGCCGCUGAAAAGAUCCGCAAGACGGUUGCUAAACUACUUUUUCCUUCUAAACAUGUCUCACCGCUUAAGAUUCCAUAGCUGUUUCUUAUGAAUAAGAUUAGUGUGACUUGGCAGUG